AUGGCUCCCACUACUAUUGCCGUUAUCGGCGCCUCUUACACUGGCCUGCAUGUGGCUCACUCGCUGCUAAACGGGUCUGUCCCCAACGUCAAGGUGGUUCUCAUCAACCCAUCGACUUCUUUCUACUGGAACAUUGCUGCACCUCGCAUCGUCGCCAAGCCAAAGGCCUUCCCAUCCAACCAGUACCUGCUUCCUAUCAAAGAAGCCUUUGCCAAGUAUUCAAGUGAUUCAUUCGAAUUCAUUGCCGGCACUGCGACCGGCAUCGACACCGCUUCCAAGUCCGUGGCCGUGACCCCCAAUGCCGGCGACGCCAGAACGGUUACAUACGAUUACCUUGUCAUCGCCUCCGGAAGCACUACGGCUGCAUCGAAUGGCUCUGUCACUGGCUCUUUGAUCCCUUUCAAGCCGUCCAAUCACGAUGAUAUUCAGGAUGUCAUCGAGGCGUCCCAGCAACAGAUCUCUGGCGCCAAGGAGAUCGUUAUUGGUGGUGCGGGACCCAUCGGUGUCGAAGUAGCCGGUGAGAUCGCGGAGGCAGCUGAGCAGAGAGGCAACAAUAUUUCCAUCACUUUGGUAUCCGCGACAGAUCGCGUGCUCUCGAUGCUCAAGCCAUCUGCCAGCGCCAAUGCCGAAAAGCUGCUGAGGCAGAAGAAGAUCAAGGUUCUCAACUCAACCCGUGUGAGCGGUGUUGAGGUGUCUGGUGAGGGUAGCUCCAAGGCCUGGACUGUUUCUCUUAGCAACGGCGAGAAGAUCUCCGCCGAUCUCUACAUCCCUACGACAGGCGCUCUGCCCAACAACAGCUUCAUCCCCGCGGAUCUGCUCGACCAGGAUGGCUGGGUUAAGGUUGACAAGGAGUUGCGCGUCUCGUCUGUUGAGGGCAUCUAUGCUGCCGGCGACAUCACCAACAACUCCAUGCGCCUGUCAUUCAAGGCAAUGGAGCAGGCCAAGAUUGCAUCCAACAACCUCAAGGUCGACAUUACAGGCAAGGGCGACCGCAAGUCGUAUGACCAAGGCGAGAACGUCAUGAUGGUGGUGCCUGUGGGUGAAUCCGGUGGCACUGGACAGGUGUUUGGCAUGGUUCCCUUCAGCUUCAUGGUCAAGAUGAUCAAGGGCCGGGACUACUUCAUCUCGAAGGCAUCUGGUGCGUUGGCCGGCACGGCCUAA